AUGGACUAUUCCAACUACCCCCCUCAUCCAAACCAGCCAUACACAACGCUAUACGGGUUGCCCACCCCCGACCAACAGCGACAGGCACCCUCCGAAGAUGCCCUCCACGACCCGUUUGCCCUGAACGGCUCUUAUAACCAGUAUUAUCCGGAGUUCGACCCCUCUUUCCGCAUGGACCCCUCCUCGUCCUUCGGUCCGCCACCGCAUUCGCCCCCGGACUCGUUCACGAAGCACUCGGUGUCGAGUAAUGAUGUGCACCAUAGCACCAAACAAGAGCCCACAUCAAUUGAUGGCGAUGAUAGCCAGUACCAUGAUCCGACCGGGCGGAGUAGCAGCGAGGAGAAGGACUCGGCGACACCAGCGCAAAGUAAGCGCAAGGCUCAAAAUCGGGCAGCUCAGCGAGCAUUCCGUGAACGAAAAGAGCGCCAUGUCCGGGACCUUGAAGAUAAAGUGACCACUCUCGAACAAUCAUCUUCUACCCUCCAAGCCGAUAAUGAGCGUCUAAAGCGCGAACUCGCCAAAUACGCAACUGAAAAUGAGAUCCUCCGCGCAACCUCACACUCCCUGCACGGCGGCAACGGCGUUAAAGAACACCCCGCCCCAGCCGUCACAGGGCCAAUGACAUAUUCUCCAACAGACUUCUACUCGACCUUAAUGCCGGAGGCUGCUGGUCCUACUGGCCCGACUCCGCAAGGCCAACACCGAGUCACAGUGUGCCCUCUUACGGGCGAGAGGCUUCUUGAUGCUAGCGCAACGUGGGAUUUGAUUCAGAGCCAUGAGCUGUUUAAACGCGAGCAGAUCAACAUUGGCAACAUUGCUGAGCGGCUGAAGGGUAUGGCUCAGUGCAAUGGACAGGGUCCUGCUUUUAAGGAGGGUCAGAUUCUGAAGGCCAUUGAGGAGAGCGUUGCUGAUCGCGAUGAGCUGAUCUGA